CCCGUGACAUGUGUUUGAGUUGCAGUGGAAAGGAAAUGUGUCAUCUGUGGUUUGGUUUUAAAAGUGGAAAGCUAGCUGUACAUAUCCUCUUUAAAAAAGCUGCAGAUUUAAGUAACGUAGUCUCCAAACUAUUCUACUUAAAAUAAGAAGAAAAGAAGUGAUUUAUUAAAUAAAGAUUGUGGCAGAGCAUUUUGAAAGAUACCAGUACCGCUGUGGGCAUGGAGCACACAGGACAGUACCUGCCUCUUGUUUUCCUAAUGACAACAGUGUGUUCUUCAUCUCCUGGAACAAAAGCAAACUCUACACAUCUGUGGGCUAGUAAUGUCACCGCCUGGACUUCCAUUAAUCAACACAGCACGAGCAGACAGCAGAGUGAGGACACAAAGCCUGCACCUCCUGCAAUGGAUCACAAAGUGAGUGCUACAAAUGUGCUGGCAUCAUCUCCCACUGUGCCUGUAGCCCCCACAUCUACACUGAAGCCCUCUGUGCCCCAUGCUUUCAGAAACAGUUCUCCAACAGUAGAGUUCAAAAGUCAGGAAGAAACUUUUAAAAAGGAUGUCUGUGAGGAACACAACAGCAACAUGGCCAUCCUAAUUUGCUUAAUUGUAAUUGCAGUGCUUUUUCUCAUCUGCACCUUUCUAUUUCUAUCAACUGUGGUUCUGGCGAACAAAGUCUCAUCUCUCAGAAGAUCUAAACAAGCAGGCAAGCGGCAGCCUCGGAGCAAUGGUGAUUUUCUGGCCAACAGUGGGCUCUGGACUGCUGAAUCGGACACUUGGAAAAGAGCGAAAGAGCUCACAGGCCCCAGCCUCCUGAUGCAGUCUACUGGAGUGCUUACAGCCAGCAGGGAAAGGAAGCACGAAGAGGGAACUGAAAAACUCAACUAGACCAAGGUUUGGAAAGGGAAAUGCAAAGCAGCAGCGAGGAAGGCCGAGUUAAAAAUAAAGCUAGCUGGUGGUAUUUCACAUCAACAUUUGCUCAGAUGAUCAAAAGUCUGACAGGCAGUUUAGCAUCAAACAGACCAGAAAGGGAGAUGUAUGCCUGCUGAAGUUACUUAAAACUGCCUUUCUGUUUCACACGUCCUUUUUUUUUUUAAGUAAACAAAACAACAGCAGCUGAAGA